AACCAGGUACAAGCUAAUACUCAACAAUACUGAUGCCUUGUUUUUUUUGCUCUGUCCGGACCGCAAAGCUGUAGCCAAUUUAGAUAUGCUAUAAAUUUAAGAGGUUGCCAUGGCCACGGUGCGCCCAUUGGCCGCCGGGCCCCCUACGUGCCGCGCCACGUCACCAAAUCUGAAUAAGGAUGCGCGAAUUAGGCGGCGGCCAGACAAAGAUGAGGAUCGGGACCGCUUGAAAGUGGGGGAAAGUGCCGGCGCCUCCGCCACCGGGGAAAGCCGCUCGGCAGCGCCGAGGCCAGCAGCCACCCGAGACACCUGGGGGAGCCCGGAACAGGCGCCGGGGCGCGCGGCCCGUGGCAUGAGGCGGUGAACGCCACCACCCCGCACCCCACUCUGGGCAGCCCGGCUCCAGGCCAGCGAUCGCCCGAGGACUUGACCGGCCGAGUCUUGGUCCGGACCGGACUCGCCCAGCCGCUGCUGAGACCAGAGGGAAGCGCAGCGGCGGCCCGGAAGGCCCGAGGGCCAGGGGCCCACAGGGAGGGCGAGGCGGCCCGAGCCGCCGGGGCGCGCGGCUAUGAUGGUGCACUGUGCCGGUUGCGAGCGGCCCAUCCUCGACCGCUUUCUGCUGAACGUGCUGGACCGCGCGUGGCACAUCAAAUGUGUUCAGUGCUGCGAGUGCAAAACCAACCUCUCGGAGAAGUGCUUCUCGCGCGAGGGCAAGCUCUACUGCAAAAAUGACUUCUUCAGGCGCUUCGGCACCAAGUGCGCUGGCUGUGCGCAAGGCAUCUCGCCCAGCGACCUGGUGCGCAAGGCCCGCAGCAAAGUCUUUCACCUCAACUGCUUCACCUGCAUGGUGUGCAACAAGCAGCUGUCUACCGGCGAGGAGCUCUACGUCAUCGACGAGAACAAGUUCGUGUGCAAAGACGACUACCUGAGCUCAUCCAGCCUCAAGGAGGGCAGCCUCAACUCAGUGUCAUCCUGUACGGACCGCAGUUUGUCCCCGGACCUCCAGGACCCGCUGCAGGACGACCCCAAGGAGACGGACAACUCGACCUCGUCGGACAAGGAGACAGCCAACAACGAGAACGAGGAGCAGAACUCGGGCACCAAGCGACGCGGCCCGCGCACCACCAUCAAAGCCAAGCAGCUGGAGACGCUCAAGGCCGCAUUCGCCGCCACGCCCAAGCCCACCCGCCACAUCCGCGAGCAGCUGGCGCAGGAGACCGGCCUCAACAUGCGCGUCAUCCAGGUGUGGUUUCAGAACCGACGGUCCAAAGAACGCCGGAUGAAACAGCUGAGCGCUCUGGGCGCCCGGAGACACGCCUUCUUCCGGAGUCCCCGGCGCAUGCGUCCGCUGGGCGGCCGCUUGGACGAGUCUGAAAUGUUGGGGUCCACCCCGUACACCUACUACGGAGACUACCAAGGCGACUACUACGCGCCGGGAGGCAACUACGACUUCUUCGCGCACGGCCCGCCGUCGCAGGCGCAGUCCCCGGCCGACUCGAGCUUCCUGGCUGCCUCGGGGCCCGGCUCGACGCCGCUGGGCGCGCUGGAGCCGCCGCUGCCCGGGCCGCACGCGGGCGACAACCCCCGGUUCACCGACAUGAUCUCGCACCCGGACACGCCGAGCCCUGAGCCGGGCCUGCCGGGCGCGCUGCACCCCCUGCCCGGAGAGGUGUUCAGCGGCGGGCCCAGCCCGCCCUUCCCCAUGAGCGGCACCAGUGGCUACAGCGGACCCCUGUCGCAUGCCAACCCCGAGCUCAACGAGGCCGCAGUGUGGUAAGGCCGCCGGGCCUCGCCGCCCGCCCCGCGCUCGGUCCCCCGGGGCGCCGCGCGGACCGAGCCUCCCGAAACCAAAACUCCCGAAGCGACGCGGACGCUGAGGACGUGGGUGUCCCUCAGGGGUUCUCUCUCGGGUCGCACUCAACCAGCAGCUGCUUCUCGGCUGGGGGGGCCGGGGGUGGGAGGACCCGACCCCCGUCUCCACCCCGCGGGCUCUCCGGGAGCCCCAGCCCAACGCCAGCGCUCUCCCGGCAGCCACAGCAAUGUCUUGGGACCAAAGUCAACGCUCCGGAGGGUUAGAGAUCUCAAGCACGC